AUGAUCGAUUCGUCAGCAGAUAUACCUUCGAUACUGAAACUUCAGUAUCUGUUGUCAUCAUUGAAGAGUGAGGCGGCGCUGCUGUUCGAGCAUACCACAUUGACCGCGGACAACUAUGCGACCACCUGGGCCGCGCUGCUGAAACGGUAUGAUAACCCGCGCAUGUUAGUCCGUGAUUAUUAUCGAACAUUGCAUCACCUUCCCGCGAUGCAUGAAGGAUCUGUGGAUGAAUUGGCGCAGCUUGUGGACGAGUUCACGCGGCACGUGAACGGUUUAAGAAAGCUGAAGGAACCGGUUGACAACUGGGACACUCCCCUCACCACAUUGCUGUUCUUCAAAUUGGAUUCAUCAACCAUCCUAGCUUGGGAAAAGCAUUCAUCGGCCAGCCCCAAGGAUAAGUAUUCAGAUCUAAUCGAUUUCCUGCAGGAUAGAAUCCGAAUCCUUCGUUCGUCCCAAACGUUAGCGAAGAUAUCUGAAUCGAAACAAACGCCGGUGGUACGGUCGUGCAAUUCCGUCUUCCGUUGCAACAAGUGCAACGCACGUCAUCACAGCAUGUUGCACGACGAUUCACCGCCACAGGUAACCAUGAACGUAGGUUCGAGCAAUGAAAUUGUGGUUCUCGAAACGGUGGUUCUCUGGUUAGUCGAUGACCAUGGCAUUCGGCAUGAAGCACGAGCGUUGUUGGAUUCAGGAUCCAUGUGCAAUAUCGUGUCCGAAUCCCUAGCGCGGAAGCUGCUGACACGUCGUACAAAGAUCAACGUUGCAUUGACAGGUAUCGGUGAGGGUGUUCAGCAAGCCAAGGGUUCGAUCAUCGCAACGGUGCAGUCAAAGUCAGCGCCAUUUUCGUCGCCACUUGAGUUCCUGAUAGUGAACUCCCCUUGUGCUGAGAUACCGACUGCCCCAAUCGAUGUUGCUGGUUGGAAAUUCCCUGACGUUCCGUUGGCUGAUCCUGCCUUUAACCUUCCUUCAAGAGUUGAUGUGAUCAUUGGGAGUGACGCAUAUUGGGAAUGGCAUACCGGAAAGAAGCAGUUACUGGUCAAAGGCGGUCCUUGGAGCCAUGAGUCUCUCGAUACAUUGCUGCAACGGUUUUGGGAGAACGAGACCAAUCUAGAGGGACCCGCUCUCUCGCUUGAGGAAGAUGCUUGUGAGAAGCAUUAUGCUGCCACUACAACGCGUGAUCACCAUGGUCGUUACAUCGUUUGUCUGCCUCGUAAUCCCAGAGCAGAUAUAGUAUUGGGUUCAUCAAAGGAGAUUGCGGAUCGACGACUGAUGGCUGUGGAGCGGCGAUUGAAGAUCAACCCUGAAAUGGAGAUGGAAUAUAAGCGUUUCAUGCAAGAGUACGAGGAACUUGGUCACAUGCGAAAACUUACCGAACCAGUGGAUGAUAGUGUUCCGCAUUGUUAUAUUCCUCACCAUGCGGUGGUGAAGGAAUCGAGUACAUCCACAAAAGUACGGGUCGUGUUUGACGCGUCCUGUAAAACGAGCUCGGGAUACUCCUUAAACGAUACGUUACUAGUUGGCCCAAUUGUCCAGGAAGAUCUACUAACGAUUAUAUUGCGAUUCAGGUCCUACGCAAUCGCAUUAGUGGCCGAUGUGGAAAAAAUGUACCGGCAAAUUCUCCACAACAUCAUCGAUCGGAAUCUGCUACGUAUCAGGUACCGAAAGAGCCCCCUGGAUCCGAUAUCGACCUACGAGCUGAAUACCGUUACUUACGGCACGGCGUCAGCUCCAUUCCUCGCCACUAGAACGCUCCAGCAGGUUGCGCAUGACCACAAAGAUCAAUUCCCGAAGGCAGUUGAUCCCGUGUUACGUGAUUUUUACGUCGACGAUCUACUAACAGGAGCGACUGACCUUAACGAAGCAGUAGAAGUGCGAAAGCAAAUCACCGCAAUGCUCGAUUCAGCUGGUUUCGCAUUGAAAAAGUGGGCAUCUAACGUUCCAGAAUCGCUUCUAGAUGUCCCACGUGAAGAUCUUGCGAUUCAAUCAAUGCACGAGUGGAAGGAUGGUCAAGCUGUUUCGACGCUGGGGCUGGUUUGGGAACCCGCCAACGAUUCGUUUUCCUUCAAGCUGCGCAACAACAUUCUCCAUCAGAGUGGUGAGCCAGUCACCGUACAGCGCCAACAUCAGCGACGUCCACUGGAUGGCAAAGAGCGGAACAAAGGGUCCGAGCGUUAA